AAUCUGGAUGCAAUGCAACCAUCGGCACCCGGUCGGCUGCAGCCUGGAGCCUGGAGUCUGCAGGGCGCGCGCUGAGCACCGGCUUUUGGCUCUUGGGCUCCGCAGCAGGAGGAGCGUGUGAGCAGUGGGCGUCCCUUUAAGAGCAGCCAGCCAUUCAGGCCUCCGCCUCUCCGACCGCGCAGUGCCCGCCGCCACCUGAAGCUCGCGGGGCAGCCAGACUGUGGCGGGGCCGAAACUCUGAGCCUGCAAAGUGGGACUCGGGCGCUCCGACGCCGGCUGCCCGGAGUUGUCUGGAAGCGUAGCCGACCCACGCGUCUCCGCAGCGGAGGAUGCGGGAGCAUAUCUGGGUGCCCUGGCCGCUGCUGGCGCUCCUGCUGCCCCCGCCGCUGUGGGGCGGCCACCCGGACGGUCCGCGCCGGGACCCGGAGCCUGACCCCGGGCCCCUGCAACCUUUCGACCUGCUCUACGCUAGCGGGGUGGCCGCCUACUACAGUGGGGACUACGAAUUAGCAGUGCGGGACUUGGAAGCGGCGCUGCGCAGCCACCGGCGCCUGCGGGAGAUCCGCGUGCGCUGCGCCCGCCACUGCGCAGCCCGCCGCCCGCUGGCGCCCUCCGGACUCGGUCCCGGGGCGGAGCUGCCCUUCUUCCGCGCGGUGCUGGAGCGGGCGCGUUGCUACCGCAGCUGCGAGACUCAGCGCCUCGGGGGCCCCGCGUCCCGCCACCGCGUCAGCGAGGAUGUGCGCAGCGACUUCCAGCGCAGAGUCCCUUACAACUACCUGCAGCGGGCCUACAUCAAGCUUAACCAGCUGGAGAAGGCAGUGGAAGCAGCUCACACAUUUUUCAUGGCCAACCCUGAACAUAUGGAAAUGCAGCAGGACAUCGAGAAUUACAGAACACUGGCAGGUGUUGAAACAGUGCAACUGGUAGAUCGAGAAGCCAAACCACAUCUGGAGAGUUAUAGUGCAGGAGUUAAAUAUUACGAGGCUGAUGAUUUUGAGUUGGCUAUCAAGUACUUUGAACAAGCUUUAAGAGACUAUUUCAAUGAAGAGAUAGAGUGUCGAGCCCUCUGUGAGGGUCCUCAGAGAUUUGAAGAGUAUGAAUACUUAAAGUCUAAAGCUGGUCUCUAUGAAGACAUUGCAGAUCACUACAUGCAGGUGUUGAUUUGUCAGCAUGAAUGUGUGAGAGAACUUGCUACCCGUCCUGGCCGCCUCUCACCAAUUGAGAAUUUUCUUCCCUUGCAUUAUGACUAUCUACAGUUUGCCUACUACCGAGUCGGUGAAUAUGUGAAAGCCUUAGAGUGUGCCAAGGCUUAUCUUCUCCUCCAUCCAGAUGAUGAAGAUGUCCUCGACAAUGUGGAUUACUAUGAGAGUCUGUUGGAUGAAAACAUUGACCCAGCAUCCAUUGAGGCCAGAGAGGAUUUGACAAUGUUUGUGAAGCGCCAUCAACUGGAAUCAGAUCUAAUAAAAUCAGCUGCAGAGGGCCUGGGGUUUUCAUACUCUGAACCGAAUUAUUGGAUCCGAUAUGGAGGACGGCAGGAUGAAUAUCGGGUCCUUUCUCGAGUCAGCAUGGAGGGAACUGAAGUUCAUGGACUCUCAAUGAGUAAAAAGUUAUUACCCAAGAUAGAAAGAGACUUAAGAGAGGGGGGCCCUCUGCUUUAUGAGAACAUCACAUUUGUCUACAACUCGGAGCAGCUGAAUGGGACUCAGAGGGUUCUCUUGGACAACGUCCUCUCUGAGGAACAGUGCCGCGAGCUCCACAGUGUGGCCAGUGGAAUCAUGCUUGUUGGUGAUGGGUACAGAGGAAAAACUUCACCACACACACCCAAUGAAAAGUUUGAAGGAGCAACUGUCCUGAAAGCCCUCAAAUUUGGCUACGAGGGCCGAGUCCCACUGAAGAGUGCCCGUCUGUUUUAUGACAUCAGUGAGAAGGCUCGAAAGAUUGUAGAAUCCUAUUUCAAGCUGAACUCAACCCUGUAUUUUUCCUAUACACACAUGGUCUGUCGAACAGCCCUGUCUGGUCAACAGGAUAGAAGGAAUGACCUCAGUCAUCCCAUCCAUGCUGACAAUUGCCUGCUGGACCCAGAGGCCAACGAGUGCUGGAAGGAACCUCCUGCUUACACAUUUCGGGACUACAGUGCACUCCUGUAUAUGAAUGAUGACUUUGAAGGAGGAGAAUUUAUAUUCACUGAGAUGGAUGCCAAAACUGUGACUGCCUCCAUAAAACCAAAGUGUGGGCGCAUGAUCAGCUUCUCAUCUGGAGGAGAGAACCCCCAUGGAGUGAAGGCUGUCACCAAGGGCCAGCGAUGUGCAGUGGCCUUGUGGUUCACCUUGGACCCACUUUAUAGAGAACUGGAGCGAAUACAGGCCGAUGAAGUGAUCGCAAUCCUGGAUCAAGAACAGCGAGGGAAACAUGACCUGAAUAUCAACCCCAAAGAUGAGCUAUGAAAACGAGAGAGAGUGUUCUAUCAGAUAUUUAUUUAAAUUGUUAAACUUAUGAGAACCUUUUUAUUUUUGUACAGAGCUGUGGUAUAAAUUAACAGGUUAAUACGAGUCACUAGAUCUCCCUCCUGUUCUGAAGGACACUUGCUUUACCCCCACUUGGUUUUUCUUGCUUUUUUUUUUUUUUUCCUUCCCUCUUUGUGUGCUUUUUUCAUGAGUGCUCUCAAAGCCCAACCACCCACUUCCCAUGCCCUGCCUCCACCUCUCACAGCACUCCCUUUGCUGCAUAUCCAAAAACUCAAACAGAAAUAAUAAGUUUGUACUUGGCAAAACUUGAGUCCUCACAUGUUUUCAUACUAUGUGAUUAGGCUUCCAAACACCUUUCUUGCUCUGUGCUGUUCAGCCACUUCCUGUCACAGCACUGACUUCUGUGAGUCUGAGUCUAAGAAGGCCUUGGUAGGGUCCACACUGCCUCAUGUGUCUCUGACCUUAAAGCCCCCCCUCCUCUCACCCCGCCUCUAAGAAGGAGCCAUUCUUCUAAGUUCUGUGUGAGACAGGGGGCCCAAACUUUCUGGAGCCUUGGUAGAGUGUUUUUGUUUGGCUCUGGGAGUUUUAGGAGACACAAAAUUACACUGGAAGUUCUGAUUCUCCCCUCCACAGUACUUUGGAAAGGACUGCCUUUUCCAUUGGGUUUUUACAACUGUGUUAAAUAUUAAAACAGUGUCUCUUUCCGCCAGUGACUUUUGGAAAAGAGCCUUUAGUCCACCCUGCAACUGAGUAUGAUUGUGGGGUGCACUGGUGAGAAGAUAUGUUUUAUAAGAAAGAUGGUUUUCUGGGGCUGGGUGGUGGUUAAGUGCACAUAUUACUACAUGCAGGGAUCUGGGUUCAAACCCUUGGUCCCCACCUGCAGGGGCAAAAGCCUCACAAGUGAUGAAGCGGGUCUACAGGUGUCUCUCUGUCUCUCCCUUUCUAUGCCCCAUCCCCUUUCAAUUUUCUCUGUCCAAUCAAAUUAAAUAAAUAAAAGAUUUAAAACAAAAAGAAAGAUGGGUUUCUGAUCAAUUCCAGUCUUCAUAUGCACACAUUUUGGUGGUCUUUCCUCUUUGCUGCUACCUAGAAUGUCGAUUCAUGUUUUCGUCUGAUUUAAUAAAGGGAGUCUUAUUUUAA